AGCCGUACCGUAUCGUAGACAUAAAACAUAAUGUUUCAGCUGAGGUGUAAUGUCAUCGUCUUCGGAUUCUGGAUGAUUGUGACGUCAUAUUCACUCGUGAAUGGAGAAUUGUCAGUUAAAAUAGGCGCACUUUUUGAAACAAACACCGAUGCAGAGAGGAGGGCACUUCGACUGGCAACACAGCAAGUGAACUCAGAUGGGAAUCUUCUAAGCCCGUAUAUUCUAGUCAACCAUUUACUAAGAAACGUCACAAAAGGAGACGUGUAUAUGUCCACAAAGAGCGUUUGCGACAUCGCGAAGAUUGGCGUGGUUGCCUUGGUAACAAUGACGUCAUGCUCGGUAGAAACGUCAAUUCAAUCCAUUGGGGAUUCACUGAACUUGCCAGUGUUACAGAUUGGUUCAAAAUACUGCGGAUCACCUCGCCUAUCUGGGAAUUAUUUUUUCACUUCUCGUCCAGAGGAAGAAAUCAUUUUGCAAGCCUUGACUCAAUAUAUCUACUCUAAUCGUCUACGAAGUAUGGUCAUCUGUUACGAGCAAGGAACAGAUACAACAACAAUCCAACGAUUGUUGACAUCAUUAUCAAAAAACCAACGGCACGAGGUAACAACGAAAUUAAUGGACAUCCCAGCUUCGAUAGAGAAAGACAAGGACGACAACUCAGCAGUCACGGACACUUUUAAAAAUUUGUCAAAAAAACAAGGCGACAAAAAAGUCGAUGCGUUUAUUGUUUUUGCUUCCGCUUCAGUGACCGUUCAGUUUAUAGCAAAGGUUCACCGAUCGAAUCCCGGAACCAGUUCGGGUCAAAGGUGGGUGAUAGCAAACCCUGGCAUUAGAAAACAACACAUGAGGGAGAUAGAGAGAGCAACACAAUCAAGAGUCGUCGUCAUAAAACAUAAAAUCAAUCAGAAUAACCCUCUGGUACAGAAGUUUAUAAGCGCAUGGAACAACGACCUGGCAAUUGAAUGUCCGACAUGCAUGAUUCCGAAUGUGGAAGCAGGUGACAUACCGAUGACCGCUUUCUACAUAUAUGACGGCAUAAUACAUCUUAGUCGCGCUCUGACGGCCAUGCUGAACGACAAUUGGAAAAGUCCAACUUCGCUCGAAUGCCGGACGCUUACAGUCACCCCGUGGUCCGGCGGAAGGAAUCUUAUGGAUAAAAUAAGAACAUUGAAUUCUUCGGGACUGCUCGGCACGAUGUCAUUGAACAGCAAGGGCUACCAAACGACAGCAGUAUUUGAAAUAUACGAUAAAUUACCUGGUGCUGGAGAAACGUUUAUAAAGCUUUACGACUGGAAAUCCGGAUCACCGAACAAAACGAAAGGAACAACAAGCAUGCUGCCAAAUAUUGCAAACACGAAUCGAACUUUCAGGGUUGCCACAUUGGAGGAGCCACCGUUUGUUUUCAUAGACGAGACACCGACAGGAGAAUUCAUCUACAGUGGUUUUUCUAUCGACCUACUGCAGGCAUUAGCGAAGAAAAAUAAUUUCGAAUAUGAAUUAUACAGGGUGAAAGACAACAAAUACGGGAUUCAAAAGUCUGACGGGUCGUGGAACGGUUUAAUCGGUGACGUCGUUAGAGGGGAAGCCGAUCUCGCCAUUGCAGCAAUGACCAUCACAGCACAACGAGAGAAAGUCGUAGACUUCACGAAACGAUACAUGGAUUAUUCUGUUGGUAUCGUGAUGAAAAAACCUCGGGAAUCUUCAAGCCUUUUCUCAUUUGUUUAUCCUUUUCAUACAAGCGUUUGGUUUUGCAUUCUUUCAUCUCUGAUUCUCGUCAGCGUUGUUAUAUUUGUUCUCACCCGUGUUAGUCCACUCCGACCACCACCGGAGCCUCGUGACGAUGACGACACGAAAAUAACUGUUGUAAACUGUUUCUGGUUUGCCUACAGUUCUCUAAUGCAGCAAGGUUCCGAGUUACACACCAUAACAUGGCCUAUCCGUGUAGUUACGGGGUUUUGGUGGUUCUUUGCAUUGAUAGUGGUGUCAUCAUACACUGCAAACCUGGCUGCGUUCCUCACUGUAACAAGGAUGGAGACUCCGAUUAGAAACUUCGACGAUCUUGCCAACCAAAAACAAGUGGAUUAUGGAACUGUUGUCGACACAAGUAUUUUUGAUCACAUUAUGACCAAAGGAGAGAAAGCAUUAGACGAGCAAUCGGUGUAUAAGAAAAUGUCGAAAGCAAUAAACGCAACAACAAAUCGAAUAACUGAAGCCAAAAUUGGAUUCAAGAAAGCAGAAACUGGAAAAUUCGCUUUUCUGUGGGACGUUGCUGUGAUUCAGUAUGAAAUCCUGAAUCAUAAAUCCUGUUCUCUCACAACGGUUCCAGACAGUAUUUACGAUAAAGGAUACGGAAUAGCGUUGGAGCAUGGAAGCCCGUUCCGAGAUCUUUUAAGUUUGGGAAUCUUAGACCUUCAAGAAUCAGGAGAAAUCACCAAACUCACCGCGAAAUGGUGGCCAAAGACUGGAACAUGCACACUUGGUCCAUCGGAUGCAUCGAGUAGAGGAACUGAGCUAACUUUGGAGAAUUUUGCUGGCGUGUUCUACGUUCUAGCAGCUGGAUUAUUUAUUGCCUGUACUGUAGCUGGAAUGGAAAUCAUAUUUCAUAUCAAGAAAGGAAAACCUUACCCGCCAGUAAGGGAUGGAAAAGCAUCGACUGAUGGAAUGGUCAAAGAGCAAUUACCUCGGGUACCCAGCGUAGAAUCACAGUCACGUGCAAAUGAGGAGGAUAUUUUAGUUGUUUUGAAGAAAAAGGAUGUUAUGCGCUAUCUAGCGGAAAGCGAGAUUCAUAAAAGAUCCAGUGCUGUCUCAGAGAACAACAUUCCGCGCGCUACACAGGGAUCUUUACCUGAAGAAAAUCAUCGAGGGAUAAAUAGCAGAAAUGAGAGUUCGGUGAUGGGGGCCCUGUGCUGCCACAAAGCGGAUGUUUCGCAACAGAAAAAAUCACCACUAGAUGAUGAAAGAGCUGUACUAAGUAGCCACCAAUUACAGAGAGUUCACUCAGAACGGCAGUCAGUCCGACAUAAUACCGACAUCCCAACAACUCCCGACAAAGGCCAGACUGGUACAUUGGUGAAGAGUCAGGAUUACAAAAGACUUACAAUGCAGCCAUCUAUGGAGACUUCUUUAUUACGUAACAGACAUUCUAAUUAUGGAAUUGUUAAACAAUCAAUGCCGGAUCUUACGUCACAAUACUUUACAAACACCACGUUAUUUCCUCAAAGACCGUUUCCCGCGCAAAAUUUACCACGUCACAAUGGAUCUAUGAUUGCCUUAGCAACAAAUCCUUCUCAAAAUUUCCCGCCAAUUCAAUGUUCAAAUUUGACCUUACCCGGAAAUCGACCAGCCGCUCCGUUCUCGGCAGUCGCUUUGAAAAGAAGAUUGUUACUUCACAAAGCAGCAACCGAAUCUAUUGUAACGUCACCAACUUCGUCAAUGGGCGGAGCUAUUUCCGACGAUCACCUAGCUUCUGAUGACGUAAAACUCGGAUAUGCUAUGACGUCAUAUGGAUCUAAAACGCUCCCACAUUGCCGCCCAGAAACCAGUUUCGGCAGAGCUUCGGAAUUGUCUGAAAGAAAUUACAAUACUAUGACAUCACCUCGUCCGAAUAUGACAUCACAAACAAUGGAAAUGACGCUACAAAGACCGUCUGUGACAUCACAAAGAAAUCAUCCAAAAUGCAGACGACAGCAUAGCAUAGGACCAGGCGUAUUAUAUUCAAGUUCAUCUCAAGAUAGAACAACGACUGACGCCGAAGACGGGCUCGAUAUAGCGACGUCCCCCCAUUCAGUCGUUUUCAAUCACAAGAAACAACCAAUUCCCGGAAACUCGAGAAUUUUUCAUAAAAAUAGCUGCGUCUGAUUUAAAUACUUUUUAUGUUAUUUCGUGGAGUCGAUUUUCAUUAUUACAAGUCUAGUGAGAAUAUA